AUGGUUAAUGUGAUUAGAAGCGUGGUUUUGCUUUCCCUUGUGCUUCAAUCAUCAUGUAUUCAGUUCAAGAUACCCCAGGUCGAUAAGGUAGUCACGAAGGUUUUGAACAAAUUUGCACCCUAUGUGCACAACAAAGGGAACCACUCAAGCGUUGCUGUCAUCCCAGCAAAUGAUGAUAUGGCCAAAAUCAUUCCUCGUGAUGGUGUCACCGAUGAUACUGCCGCUAUCAAUGCUGCUAUUAGUUCCGGUGGGAGAUGUGGCCAAGGGUGUUCUUCGACCACAACCACUCCUGCAGUUGUCUAUUUUCCUUCUGGAACUUACUUGAUAUCAUCGUCAAUAAUAGACUACUACUAUACCCAAAUUAUUGGCAAUCCAAACAGUUUACCGACUCUCAAAGCUACGCCCAACUUUUCAGGCUUCGGUUUAAUAGAUGCAAAUCCAUAUUACUCUCCAGUUCUAAACUGGGGCUCCACCAACGUUUUCUUGCGACAAAUUCGCAACUUGAUCUUUGAUAUGACUAGCAUUCCUGCAGGAACAACAGCAACAGGUCUUCAUUGGCCCACCUCCCAAGCGACAAGUCUACAAAAUGUUGUAUUUCAAAUGAGUUCCGCAGCAGGGACUCAACAUACUGGUUUAUUUUGUGAAAGUGGUUCUGCGGGACUUUUGGUUGAUGUUACGUUCAAUGGUGGUCUUGUUGGUGCUGCUAUAGGAAACCAACAAUUUACCAUGCGAAAUUUGGUAUUUAACAACUGUGUAACAGCAAUCAGCAUGUUCUGGGAUUGGGGAUGGUUGUUCCAGGGCAUCAGCAUAAAUAACUGUCAGAAAGGAAUCGACAUAUCGGCAGGAGGCUCUACCGCUCAAAACGUGGGAUCCGUGAUCGUGAUCGACAGUUCAAUCACUAACACUCCGAUCGGGAUUAUUUCUGCUUACACAUCCACAUCAACACCAGACACAGCUGGUAGUCUCAUACUUGAAAAUGUUGUACUCAGUAAUGUACCCACAGCUGUCACUUUGAGUGGUGGUUCGACCAUCUUAUCUGGUACAAGCGGAAGCACGACCAUCGCGGGGUGGGGCCAGGGUCGCAAAUAUACCCCUACCGGACCAUCUGAUUUCCAAGGCUCAAUCACGCCAAAUAGUCGGCCGGCAUCCUUACUCAAUGGAAACAAAUAUUACACUCAGUCGAAACCUCAGUACAACACCCUUUCGGUCUCUUCAUUUACCAGUGCGAGAACCAACGGUGCGGUCGGAGAUGGUCAAACCGACGACACCGUUGCUCUGCAACGUGGAAUCAAUAAUGCAGCUGCGGCUGGGAACAUAUUUUUCCUAGAUGCGGGCACUUACAAAGUAACAAGUACGAUAACCAUUCCUCCUGGAUCAAGAAUUGUGGGCGAAUCGUAUUCAACCAUAAUGUCGAGUGGCAGUUACUUCAAUAAUAUGAACAGCCCCCAAGCCGUCGUACGAGUUGGAACCGCUGGUCAAACGGGACAUGUCGAAUGGAGUGAUUGUAUCGUUUCAACUCAAGGUACACAAGCUGGUGCUACAUUGAUCCAAUGGAACCUCGCUAAUUCUGGUUCAACACCAUCUGGAAUGUGGGACGUACAUACACGAGUGGGCGGUUUCACGGGCUCAAAUCUACAAGUUGCUCAGUGCGAGAAAAAUGCAGGAAGUACAGCCAUCAACACGAACUGUAUUGGUGCAUACAUGGGCAUGCAUAUCACAGCAGGUGCCAGCGGCUUGUACAUGGAGAACAAUUGGAUUUGGGUAGCUGAUCAUGAUAUCGAUGAUCAAGGUUUAAGGCAAAUUGAUGUCUACGCCGGAAGGGGUCUGUAUAUUGAGAGUACCGCGGGAACUUUCUGGCUUGUCGGCACAGGAGUUGAGCAUUUCACUUUGUAUCAAUACCAACUCGCAAACACAAAGAACAUAUUUGUGGGUUUCGUACAGACAGAGACACCAUACUAUCAACCAAAUCCAAUUGCCCCGGCACCCUUCAGCGUUGUGACAUCCCUAAACGAUCCUAACUUCGCCUCUUCAUGUGCUGGCUACUCUGGAAAUUGCGCUUCAGCUUGGGGUCUCUACUCAUUCUUCGACAACUACUCUACUACCUGCUCCAACGGAGGCGGUCCCGAAAACUGUCAAAACAAUAUUCUCAGUCUCGAGGGUUCGAUUUCGAACGUCAAUAUCUACACUUUGGCUACGGUCGGCGUCACAAAUAUGAUUACGAGGAAUGGUCAAACUCAGGCCGUGUAUAGUGCGAAUAUCAAUGUAUAUCCUACUUUGAUUACCUUGUAUAAGUCUGGUUAG